ACGUAUGAGUGCUCAUGUAGGAGUGGCCUCUCACAGUGGAUGGCUUCCCCCUCGCGAGCCGGACGACGCUAACAAGGUUUUCCCCAACACGACGAGGGGACUCGGGUGAACUAUCACGAUGAGACCACCAUCAGCCUGGACUUCACUGGUUCUCUUCUUUGUUAUUCAGGGGACAUGUAGAGCUUGCACAGUGAAGAAAUUGGGCAGCAGCACCGGCCGAUUCGCCAACGCCACAUUGGUACGUCUCUCCGAGUUUUUGAGCGCGGGCUACAAGAAAGGGGUGCGACCGGUCAAAGACUGGCGGACGUCCACCCUGGUUGCCAUCGACCUGAUGGUUUACUCCAUCCUCAAUGUGGAUGAGAAGAACCAGGUUUUGACAACAUAUGUGUGGUACAGACAGUCCUGGACAGAUGAAUUCCUCGUCUGGAAUCCCGACGACUUCGACGAGGUCAAACAAGUUUCCAUACCAACCGCCAACGUGUGGGUGCCGGACAUCCUCAUCAAUGAGUUCGUCGACGUGGGGAAGUCUCCUGACAUACCGUACGUUUAUGUGACCCACGACGGGUUGGUGCGCAACUAUAAACCCAUCCAGGUGGUCACCGCCUGCACGCUCAACAUCUACAACUUCCCAUUUGACGUCCAGAAAUGCAGCCUGACAUUCCAGAGCUGGCUCCAUACAAUUGAUGACAUCAACAUCACGUUGAUGCGCAGCCCCGAGGAGCUGAGGGAGGACAAGAGCGUCUUCAUGAACCAAGGAGAGUGGGAGCUGCUGCACAUUCUGUCCAACUACAAAAUCUUCAGUGUGGACAACGAUGACUAUUAUGCCGAGAUGAAGUUCCAUGUUGUGAUCCGUCGGCGGCCGUUAUUCUACACGGUCAACCUGUUGCUGCCCAGCAUCUUCCUCAUGGUGAUGGACAUCGUGGGCUUCUAUCUGCCACCUGACAGUGGCGAGAGAGUUUCCUUCAAGAUCACCUUGCUGCUGGGAUACUCCGUCUUCCUCAUCAUUGUGUCCGACACUUUGCCCGCCACCGCCAUUGGAACGCCACUGAUAGGUGACCGCUACCCGCAUGUCCAGGGCCCAUGUUGUUGGAUUCUGCCUGUUUCACUGAUAUUCUUCCGUCUUGUCGGUGCCGUAGGCGUGUAUUUCGUGGUUUGCAUGGCGCUCCUGGUGAUCAGCUUGACGGAAACGGUGCUGAUUGUGCGUCUGGUCCACAAGCAGGACCUGCAGCCCCCGGUGCCCCACUGGCUGAGGUACCUGGUUCUGGAGAGAGCUCCGGCCCUCUUCUGCAUUUACAAGAAGCACCGGCUGUGCUCCAGACUGUCCUCACAAGACUCCGAUAUGGAUGACUACAAGGACAACAAUUAUGGGACUGCUCAGUGUACGCUCCAUCACACCUGCGAGAUCGGCCGGCAGCACGAGAGGGAGGCGGCCCUGCUGGGUCGGGCCCUGCCGCCCUCCAGGGACCCGUCGUCGCCCGUCGUGAGCAACAUCCUGCAAGAGGUCACGGCGAUACGCAACUUCCUGGAGAAACGGGAUCGUGGCAACGAGGUGGCCAAGGAGUGGCUGCAGGUGGGCUACGUUCUGGACGUGCUGCUGUUCAGGGUCUACCUGGUGGCCGUGGUAGCCUACAGCAUCACGCUGGGGACGCUGUGGUCCGUCUGGCAGGUGGCCUGAGCCCAGAAUGUCGUGGUCGCUCCGUGGGAAGUGGAAAUUACACAGCAGUGGGCUAAAGUUUGGAGACACUUGCAUGGUAAACCCAACAGGUAGUGAGUCCAUGGAGCCAAUUGGGUUUCCCAAAAAAUGAUGCUGAAACAAAAGACUAGUUCAGGUUUAGCAAGUUCCGUGAAGGCCGUGUGCGGCUUUUCUGCACCAGCUUUGGGAUGUUCACAGAGAUCAAGCUUCACUGAUUCAUACACAAUUAUUAUGGUUGACUUCAUAAGAGAUUAUAAAAGAUAACAGCAAAUAUGCAUAUUUAACCAACCUAUUAGGUUCGUUUCUCUGGAACAGCAAUAAUGUUCCUGGGUCAAUUUGAAUGUGUAAUUAUACAACAGUGUCAGAAUUUAUUUUUAUUUUAAUCCCAAUAAUCAUAGUUAAUAUGUCACUACUAACCAUGUCAUUGCAAAUACGUGAAAUGACAGACAUACAAUACAGCAUGUAUAUACUCAAAUUUUGGUUUUGGUGGUUAAUUUAGCUACUGUAUGUACUGUACAAAAAAUAAAUAAAUAAAUAAAUAAAAAUAAAUAAAAAAUAAAUAAAUAUAUAUAUAUAUAUAUAUAUGAAUAAAAUGUACUGGCAAUGAUGACAUGAUUUUGAACUGCCAGCAUUUGCCCACUUGGAAUUCAUGAAUUCAUUCAUAAAAACAAAAUCAAUACUCACUAAACUCCCUAUACAUUUUUAUGACGUCAAAAGGGUACAUUAUCUAUGCCCAAAUCAUUUAUGGAUCGUGUAAUGGACAAAAUGCUAUAACCAUGUAAAGACCUGACAAGGGUCAUGACGUAUUAUGCAGGAGUGCGUGCUGGUAAUGCUGUAGUUCUUACAAAAUGCCAGAAGGGGCCGCUGUGCACUAUCACAUUGAAGCCUUUCGAAAUCGAUGAGAAACUGGGCUGGCAGGAUUAUAGAGAGUUGACACAGAUUUAUUUAUGAUCUUUUUGUCCAAAUGACUAAAUGAAUUGAAUUGAUUUCAGUGUGCAGUGUAUCAAUAAAUAUGACACGUGUAAAUGUAUGGCGUGUGUCAUUUCCACAAACUGAGCAACAACAGCAGUGAAGCUAACCUUGGUUGGAUUAGCAGUGCUGGGAUAACACUUCAAUUAUUUAAUAAACCAGAUAAUGGGACAAAUUUAAAAAUCCUGUUGUUCAACUUCAGUUACUCAACAGUCCAAGGUCUCUGUUGUCAUAUUUUGCGCUUCAUAAUACGCCACACAUUUGCAUUAACCUACGGCUUUCACUUUGCACGGUCGAGUUUGAACUUGCAAUUUUGGAUGUUAACUAACUGACAAUGGUUUUCUGAAGUGUUCCUGAGCCCACAUGGCAAUUUCCUUUACACGAAGAUGCCGGUUUUUAAUGCAAUGCCGCCUGAGGGAUCGAAGGUCACGGGCGGUCAAUGUUGCUUUUUGGCCUUGCCGCUUAAAUGCUCCAAAUUCUCUGAAUCUUUUAGUGUUAUCAUGGACCGUAGAUGAUGAAAUCUCUACAAACCUUGCAAUUGUACAUUGAGAAACUUUGUUCCUAAACUGUUAGACUAUUUAUCGUUCACAACGUGGUGAACUUUACCUCAUUCC